AGAGAAAAUUACGACAAUCAAAGACUGAACACCAUGGAAGAUGAGGCUCCUGUCAUCUAUGGAUUAGAAUUUCAAGCAAGAUCAAUCUCCGCACAGUCAGCUGAGACAGAGCAGAUACGAUUUCUGGUUGGGACACAAUCUCUUCGAUCUGAGAAUCAGGUUCAUCAUAUUGACUUUGAUGAUGAAAACAAUGUUCUCAAUAAAAAUAUUUUUCUACACCGUGAAGGAGAGAUAUGGAAUCUUACCGCAUCAACUGUUGACAAGAAUUUACUGACAACAUGCUACAAUAAAACUUCAGAAUCCAAGGCAGAAAUGAAGGCUGCCCUAUGGAGGAUACCAUGUGAUUUGGAUAAUUCAGAUGACAGUUCUCAUUCCUGUCUAGAACUUGUCUGCCAUCUUAACAAUGCAGAUUACGGUGACAUGAAGAGUGUGUUAUGGCACCCAACAGGUGAUACCACUACACUAGUCGGUAUCUCAGACAGUCAUUUACUCACCUGGGACUUUGAUGCUUCAUCCUCUGUAGCCAAGAUUAAGGAAUCUACUGGCCUCGAAAGUAAGGGUCAGCCAAAAUUCACCUGUGCGAGAUGGAACCCCCAUCACAACUGUACACAGGUAGCCACGGCUAAUGAUUCCUGCAUUAGGGGCUGGGACAUAAGAUCCAUGAAACAAGUAUACAACAUAGAAAAUGCUCAUGGACAGUUAGUGAGGGAUAUGGACUUUAAUCCCAAUAAGCAAUAUUACUUAGUGAGUUGUGGUGAUGACUGUAAAAUAAAAUUCUGGGACACAAGAAACCCAACAGAGCCUCUUAAAGUUCUUUCUGAGCAUUCACAUUGGGUGUGGUCUGUGAAGUACAACCACUUUCAUGAUCAGCUGUUAUUAAGUUCCAGUAGUGACAGUCGGGUGAUCUUACACAGUGUGGUGUCCCUCUCCUCAGAGCCUUAUGGUCACCUCGCAGAAAAUGAGGAUAGCGAUGAAGAUGCCGAAGACAAGUCAGCAGAGCCACCAAAGGACGGGGUGAUUGCAACUUACGAGGAGCAUGAGGAUAGUGUUUAUGCCUCCUGUUGGUCCACGGCUGAUCCCUGGGUAUUUGCCUCCUUGAGUUACGAUGGUCGUCUUGUGAUUAACAGGGUCCCUCGUGCAGAAAAAUACAAAAUUCUUUUAUGAUGUUAUCUCAUUUAAAAUAACUUUUAUUCAGAUAUUUGAUACUUUGUUUAUUUCCUGUAAGGGCAGUGUAAGGACUUUACAAUACCCAUAAGUGCAAACAUUUACUUGUAUGCAUGAAUGAUAAGUGCAAUAUACAUGCAACUGUAUGCCUAUUUAAUUUUAAGAUUAAAUUAAUAAAAUGUACAUAUUUUA